AUGGAGGACCCCGACAAGAAGCUAGAGCAGAAGAGUGACGGCAAGCCCCGGAAGGUCCGAUUUAAAAUCUCUUCCUCCUACAGUGGCCGGGUGUUGAAGCAGGUCUUUGAGGAUGGGCAGGAGUUAGAGUCGCCAAAGGAGGAAUACCCGCACAGUUUUCUCCAGGAGUCCCUCGAACCAGUGGAUGGCGUGUACGGGUCUGAGGACGCCCCUAAACCCCGGCCGUACUCCCCUAAGCUGACGGCUCAAAGGAUCAGCGUGUUUAGAGAGGGCAGUGCCUACACGUUGGCGGGCAGCCAGACUUUCUUCAAUGAUUACAAGUCGAAUGACCACAAGUCCGCGCCUAUUAUAGAUUUUGGAAAGAUAAUCAUCUACACGAAUAACCUGAAAAUCAUUCGAACUCCCAUGGACAAGCGAGAGUUCAUGAGGAAAAUGAUGCGGAAGGAAGACGAGGCUGAGGAAGAGUCUCUGAUGAGAAAAGGAGACAUCUGUCGAGACAGGAACGAUGGGCCUUUGCCGGAGGCCAAAGGCACAUUCCCCCAUAACCGGUACCCACAGGAAGGGGAGCUUCCGGAGGACAACUGUUUUCACUGCCGAGGGUCAGGCAGUGCCACCUGCUCUCUGUGCCACGGCAGCAAGUUCUCCAUGCUGGCUAACAGAUUUAAGGAGUCCUAUCGGGCCCUGCGGUGCCCUGCCUGCAAUGAGAAUGGCCUGCAGCCUUGCCAGAUUUGCAAUCAGUAGAGCCUGUGGCUUUGUGCAUCCGCUUUUACGGCACCCUCCCUGAAGUUAUUGCUAAUAAACUGCCCCUCUUCCACCUCCUCCUCCUUCUCCCAGCAAGAAAGCCACAGUGGCUGCGAUCACUUCCACCCCUGGCAAAACUCAGUGACUUGAUGACAUUUCGUGAGGCUGGUAACAUCUCCAUGUGGGCCUAAGUGGCAGAGGCCUUUGUGAAUUAGAGUCUGCUUUGUUCUCGGAUGAUCCUUCCAGGACUGUGUGCGUGUAUCUCGCUCGACUUAGCUCAGUUUUCUCCCUGCACUAGUGAACAAAUAAAUAUACAAUUUAGGUGGCAGGCUGAAGUCAUUUUCUGGUUGGAGGUUACUUUGCAAACGUAUGCGGUGAGAGAGGAAUAUCAAAGGCAGGCUUCUGAUGAACAGAAUUCCUGUUGCGUUUCCAAUCGUUAUUGGUCAACUGAGUUUUUAAUUAAGCAGAAGAGGAAAGGAAUGCACAAUGCUGAAUAUGCACCAGCAGGCCGCUGAAAACAAAGCAGGAUGUGUGUGCUUUUUGCUGAAGAUGGGCAAACCGAGGAGGUCCUUUUUUCAAAGUCCUGAGUCUUUCCUGUGUGAUGUGCUUGGGUGAUGUGCAUGCAGGCAACGAGCACUGCUACUUCUUAGGACAAGAUAAGACAUUUCUGUGUGCCUCUAAACUGCUGAGGUUAUAAGCCAAGUGAAAACUAAAUAUGAUAAAUUUGGUGCUUAAAUGUGUGAGUGUGUGAUAUGACUUCUUCCAGUCCCCAAAUUAUUACCAAAAAAUAUGUUUAUUUUAAGGCUAAGACAGAGCCAUGAUCUCUUCCUAAAAGACUUUGAAUGUUUUAUAGGUAUCGACCAGAAAUGUCUAAAAGAAAACCCACCCAAGCCUGAGUUUUAGCAAUUAUGUUUCUACUGCCUAUGCGUACACAUACUAAGGAGGUGUAUUCCUCGUCAAGGUGGUUGUAAAAUUUGACAGAGAACUUUUUUGUGUGGCUCUAACAGCCACUCCUCUUCCCCCUUGCGAAUAACCUUGCAAGAUCUGUUAUCUACUGAGACACGCUUUUCGAUGGUAAUUGUUUUGAUUUUCAUAAAUUAUUUUUUUCAAGUUUUGUUUGUUAUUCUCGCGUAGUCAGCUAUUCAAAUAAUUCAGCAGUGGAGUGCUUUUCAAGCAAUAUAAAUACUUCCCAUAAAAACAUUAAAAUAUUUUUUGAAACC